AUGGAUGCCCAGACCAAGCAGCACUACCUGGCCGACUCGCCGCCAACCGUGGUUCGCUUGGAAGUCAAGUCUCACUUUGACAACCUCACGGACCCGAAGCUACGGAAAUAUGCCCAUUAUCUGAGCAGAGCUGCCUUUGAGGGAACCCGUAUUACCCUCCGUCAGGUCUCCCCGGAGUCUGAGCCUAUUUACGACCUCAUUCUCGAGCUUCAUCGGGCCUGUGAUGGAAACUGGUCCGAGCUCGCUCAGAAGACCAAUGUCAGCGAUGAGCAUCUACGCUACUUCUUGGAGUAUGCAACUCAGUUCCUUGGGAAUUGUGGUAACUACAAGGGAUUUGGAGACUCGAAGUUCAUUCCCCGACUCCCGGUUGAGGCACUCCAGGCUUUAGCUUCGGCCACGCCAAAGACCAAGGCUGCCUUUGACUUGGCCAAUUCUACCGGUGGUGGCAUCUACGAGACUGAUGAGCAGUCCCGCAUGCACCUCGGCUACCCGGAGGGCGGACACAUGACAACAUACUACCCCGACUCACCGUCUAUCACAAAGGAUGAGAUCACGGCUAUCGGAGAUCUGAUGGAGCAAAAAGGAUUGCCGUUGGAGAACACGAGACUCAAGAAGACCGAGUCUGGUGACUUCGAACUAUUGAUCGCAUCGGGUGUCUCCUCACCACCUGUGCGGGAUAGAGAUCUUGGCGAUGCCGAUAUCUUUGAACUGGAUGGAAAGCUCAAGGGAAAGACUCUUCGUCUCGUCUUUGGUGACUAUCGGGAGGAAAUGGCGAAGGUCGCUCACAGCGUGAAGCAGGCGGGACUUAAUGCGGCAAAUGAGAACCAGAAGCGGAUGUUGGACGCAUAUGCCAUGUCAUUCGGCUCUGGCUCGAUUGAAGCAUUCAAGGAGAGUCAAAGGAUCUGGGUGAAGGACCAGAAGCCGGCUCUGGAGACGAAUUUGGGCUUCGUCGAAACCUACAGAGACCCCCACGGUGUGAGAGGAGAAUGGGAAGGAUUUGUUGCUCUGGUCAACUUGGAGCGCACACGUGCAUUUGGAAAAUUGGUAGACAGUGCUGAGGCUAUGAUCCCCAAGCUUCCUUGGGGUAAGGAUUUCGAGAAGGACAAGUUCCUGAGUCCUGACUUCACCUCCCUGGAGGUGUUGAGCUUCCAGUCCUCUGGUAUCCCGGCUGGUAUCAAUUUGCCCAACUACGAUGACAUCCGCCAAAAUCUUGGCUUUAAGAACGUUUCCCUCGGCAAUGUCCUUAGUGCGAAGGCUCCCAACGAGCCUGUUCCUUUCAUUGCAGAGAAGGAUUUGGAGGUCUACCGUAGAUGCCGUGAUGCUGCGUUCGAGGUCCAGGUCGGCAUUCAUGAAUUGCUUGGCCACGGAACCGGAAAGUUGCUCCAGGAAACAGCCCCUGGGGAGUACAAUUUCGAUAUCUCCAAUCCUCCCAUUAGCCCGGUGACGAACAAGCCUAUCUCAUCCUGGUAUAAGCCUGGGCAGACUUGGGGCUCGGUAUUUGGAGCGAUGUCUUCUUCAUAUGAAGAGUGCCGCGCAGAGUGUGUCGCCAUGGCGCUCAGCUGCGACUUCAGCAUCCUGCAGCUGUUUGGCUUCGGUGACGGUAAGGAAGAUCUGGCGAACGAGGCCGGUGACGUUCUUUUUGCGGGAUACUUGCAGAUGGCUCGUGCUGGUCUCGUGGCUCUGGAGUUCUGGGAUCCCAAGACGCAGAAGUGGGGACAGGCCCAUAUGCAGGCCCGGUACAGUAUCCUACGUACCUUCCUCGAUGCUGGAAGCGACUUUGUCAAGCUCUCAUACACUAAGGAUGACCUGUCCGAUCUGGAGAUCCACCUGGACCGGUCCAAGAUUCUGAGUCAUGGUCGUCCUGCUGUGGAGAAAUACCUGCAGAAGCUGCAUGUCUACAAGAGCACUGCAGACUUCGAAGCGGGCAAGAAGCUUUAUGACGAUAUCACGUCGGUCGAUGAGUGGUGGGGUACCAAGGUCCGCGAGAUUGUUCUCAAGAACAAAAUCCCUCGCAAGGUCUUUGUGCAAGGCAACACCAUCUUGAAUGGGGAUGAAGUAACUCUCAAGGAGUACGAGCCUACGCUUGAAGGUAAUGAUUGCUGGGCAUCAAGCUGGGAGGGAGCGGCGGCGGGAGCGAUCAGCCAAUACGCGCAGUCGAGAGCAGUCGGUGGAUCAAGUGCCGCCUCCUCCUCUUUCCUCCUCUCUUUAGCAACGGCGGAUUCCAGGCUCUCUCGUGCCCUGCCCCUUCUCAGUGGGGUUCACCUAGCUUCCGGCAAACCAAAGGACAAGACGGCCUUCUCUCAGCAUCAGUCGACAACUCCCGACACCUUGUCGUGGUCACCGAAUUCUUCUGGCUCGCCUCCCACGGCGCGGCCGUACCAGUACACAGACUCCGUAGCGGAGGAGGACGACGACUUCUAUACUGCACCACCGCCGCCGCAUUCCCCAUCCUCGGAGGCUUCUUCCUCUAGUUUCACUUCGUCGCGCCCUCCCCCUUUUUCGUCCCUUGUCUUCGCUCCGGCGACCGAAUUCAAUCGCGGGAAGGCUACCUUCUCCCCACCUGAAUCUGCCUCCGCUCCAGCCUCCGUUCCACUUCCCCCCGACGAAGAGUCUCUCGACCCGAGCCCUUCUUCAUCUUUGGUCGCUGAAACUAAGGCGUCUUUCUCCCGGGACCACAAGCCGGAAUCGUCAGGAAAAUCUGCGGAAGACGGAGAACCUCCUCCGCCGUAUACUGAAGGAUCCAGUCCUAUCGAAUCGUUCACAUACGUGAUGGCUGCAGCAGGAGGAGCGUCGAGCAUCAUCACGCAGGUGCAGCAGACCGGCGGGCCGCCGAUCAAUACAUUAGGAGAUAUCGGUGGAGAUGAACAUAUUACUCUUGAUCUCCGGGGAACCCGUUUUACCCUCUCCCGAGAUGAGCUGCUGACUCUCCCCGAGUUUGUCCUUUUGUCACUUUUUCCGAACGGUCUACUCCCUGACGGGCACAUGGGUACCUUCCAUGAAGGCGACAUCUAUCCGGUCGACUACGAUCCGGCGUCUCUGCAAUAUAUGCUAGACUUCUUCCGAUCGGUUGCUCAAUCCAUCCCGUCAUCAUCACCAUCUGCAUCGACCUCUCCGGACCUGGAUGUUGCUCCCGACUCCAUGCAAGGGACUGCUAGGGAUAUGCUUCAGGACCGUGCUGGUAUCAUAGUGUUGCGCGAGGAUCUCGAUUUCUAUGCGAUCCCCCCUCGCCCAGAUAUAGACCAGGCGGAGAUGAUCGAGGUCAAGCGCGCGGCUGCAAAAGCAUUGUUAAAACAAGACGGGAUAUUUUCUGGGCUGAGAAAGAGCGACGAAGCCGGCUCGACAGAGCAACAUCUCAUAGAGAUGCUUACUGCAGGUGGGUUUGAUCGUGACGACCGAUGGGGCCACCGGGCCCCAGAGCCCAACAAGGCGGUAAUAUGCAGCCUGGCGCUGGCCAAGCUGCGUACCGAUAUCCGGGGCGACCUGUCGAACAACAACGCAGUUGGCAUGGCUCAGAAGCUCCUUCUAUUCUGGAGGAAACCAGCCAGGAGAUGCUGGUGGGAAGGAGUUGAGCUGGAUGAUGUGGAGGGAGUUGAAGGCAAAGUGAAAAUUUGGAUUCGUAGAGUAUGGACUCUAGAGAUGAGCGUAAUCGGGCUUCGAUAG